AUGGGGAAAAGAAACAGCAAGUUGAGGCAGGAAACCCUAGCGGAUCUUCUCGAGAAAACUCACUUUAACGAAAAGGAAAUUCUGCAGUGGCACAAAGGAUUCCUGAAGGACUGUCCCAAUGGCUACCUGAAUCAAGAAGAAUUCUCCAAGAUCUACCAGCAGUACUUUCCAAGCGGUGAUGCCACCAAAUUCGCUUCCUUUGUUUUCAAUGUCUUCGACGAAAACAACGAUGGAGCCAUAGAGUUUGCUGAAUUCAUCAGGGCGUUAUCCGUUACGUCCAGAGGAAAUAUUGACGAGAAACUAGACUGGGCAUUCCGGUUGUAUGACCUGGACCAUGACGGCUUCAUCACCCGGGACGAGAUGCUGAACAUCGUGGAUGCCAUCUACCAGAUGGUUGGCAACAUGGUUCGCCUUCCAGAGGAGGAGAAUACGCCCCAGAAGAGGGUGGACAGAAUAUUUGCCCUCAUGGACAAGAACAAGGACGACAAACUGACAAAGGAGGAGUUUCAGAAUGGUUCCAAGGAGGAUCCGACCAUCGUGCAAGCAUUGUCACUCUACGACGGCCUUGUAUGAAGAUGUACAUGCAAUUAAGAGAGCUAGCUGCAAAUAUUGAAGUGUGCACAAGUUUCUGACAUCUAGGGACAGGAUGUGUUUAAUGCCCAGAGUCUGGGCUUAAGUCGGAAUGUUGAAAGAUACAAAAAACUUAAAUGUACAGUGUAUUUUGAAAUCUACGGUAGAUGACAUCUCAGGCAAUUCUGCACUUCUUUCCUGGAGUAUUCACUUCCUUUAGUUCAAAGUUCCCAUGUCAUCCUCAUCACUGGAUUUUUUUCACUUAACACGUCAAGACUAGGCCUGGGAGGUUGGGGGGAUGUUGGAAAUUAAACGAGGAAGCGACGUCUUGACGAGAUUACUGACGAGAGGCUUGAACUGAAAAGGUACAUGUACAUGUAUGUAUUGUAGGAAAUGCAACAUGCUUCUUUGUGUCCAUGGAACUGUCCUUCCAUUGAUUGUUGGUAGAUGUUGUGGAAUUUUAAACUCAAGUAGCAAGAAGCACUAUUCACUUCAGUUAAGAGAACAGAAUGACAUUUGGACACACAGUGGUGCUGUGUGAAUACUUUUACCAGUAAAAAGACCACAGAUGUGCUAGUUGUAAUGCCAACUUAAAGUUGCAUUUUUUUAAUGGUUUGAAAAAUACUUUUACUUUGCUAAGUAUGAAUCUUAAUGAGGAUGGGAAUGAAAUGAAGCUAAUUUAUCUCUUUUUUCAUUGCCAGACUUGAAAAAAGGUGUUUAUAGUUAAAGAUGUCAGUUUUGUCCCCGACCACUACCCUGGCUUCAUCUGAUGAGGAUUUGUUUUUCUCUGUCGCGGGAGGUGGCAAAUGUCAUGACCUGUAUUGAGAUGAAAUCAAAUCUGUACCGAGUUCUGACAUUUGAAUCACUCGGUUCCAAACUAUUUUGUGCCUCAUCAGCAAAUCACAAUGAACUUGUGUGUAUUAACGAUGCUCAUCACUGUGUUUGACCUACAACGAUAGUCACCCCUUUCGUGGAAGUCCACCCGAGGAGAGAGAGAGUUUAUUAUUCAUCUCACGUACUGGCAUUUGCAAAAACCUGUUUCGGUGCUUUCUCUCGGUGUGAAAUUCAGCCUUGGCUGCGAAGUCCAACAUUUUUAUUGUAUAAAUGGUACACGGCAUAAUAGCGGUCACUAAUGAGAGUGAGUUGAGGGUGUGCACAGUGGUCAGUACGCACAGUCGUGUUUAGCUACUGUAUCCCACAGAGGCAUACAAAGCAUUUCAUUUCCUAUUGUCCCCACUGGCUGGCAUUCUCCUAUAGACUAAGC